GUGGAGUCGGCUUCUUCUGAGAGCUGUUAGGAUUAUGUAUCCAAAUGCUGAAUUUAUAUUUCCCACUAGGAAAAGACUGAAACUCAGAUGCUUCAGAAGCUUGCUGUGUGCUUACCACAGGUUCUGCCAACCAUCUCAAGAGGGGACUCGCCUAUUCUUUCAUUAAUUGAGCAAAACAUUAUCUUGAAAUAAUUAUUCCUCUCCACAUGGCCUUCCUACUUGUGUCAGCUUAUCUUCUGCUGACUCACGCUCGAGGUGCUCCUGUUGAGAAUGGGGCACUGUUGGAAACACUGAAGUCACAAGUGGGAUUAUUCAGCAAUAAAAGUGAACACUAUUCAGCACAGGUGAGACCUCCUGGCACAAGCCGACAAAUACCUCAGACAAUCAUCAUAGGAGUUCGUAAAGGAGGGACCAGGGCUUUGCUGGAAAUGUUGGAUAUUCACCCUAACAUUGUGGUGGCAGCUACAGAAGUCCACUUCUUUGACUGGGAUGAAAAUUAUGUGAAAGGAAUAGACUGGUAUAGAAAUCUGAUGCCAUUUUCUUAUGGAAAUCAAAUUACAAUUGAGAAAACACCAGGCUAUUUUACAUCACCACAGGCUCCAGGAAGAAUUCAUGACAUGAAUAGCUCCAUUAAACUGCUGCUCAUUCUAAGAGAUCCCACUGAGAGAGUUAUAUCUGACUAUACCCAAGUAUAUUACAACAGAGUAGAAAGUCACAAGCCUGUUCAGCUCUUUGAAGAUAUUGUUAUUAAGAAUGGAGUGCUUAACACCAAAUACAAAGCUAUUCAGAGAAGUCUAUAUGAUGUCCAUAUGGAAAAGUGGCUUAAGCAUUUCAGUUUGGAUCAGAUUCACAUAGUGGAUGGCAAUACUUUGAUCAAGGACCCUCUUCCUGAGUUACAAAAAGUUGAAAGAUUUCUAAAUCUUCCUUCCAGAAUUAUGUCUUCUAAUUUUUAUUUUAACCAAACCAAGGGAUUCUACUGCAUCAGAAGUGAUGGGAGGGAGAGAUGUCUACAUGAGUCCAAAGGGCGUCCUCAUCCUCUUGUUAACAGCACUGUCUUAGAGCAAUUGUAUUCUUACUUCAGAGAGCACAAUGCAAAAUUUUACAGGAUGGUUAACCAUUCCUUUGACUGGCAUUAAUGCAUUUGGAGUCACUGCUUCCUAAAAAGGGCCUGAGACAAACUUUCAGACAAAUCUUUCUAAAUUGUAAAGAUUCAUAUUAUGAGAAUUAACAUCCUGCUUACAUACUUCAUUGGAAUAACAUCCGUUAAC